GAGGUUGGGGAAGCGCUCGCCUCGGCCUUUUCCGCCCGCUCCCCCCUCCCCCCGAGCGCCGCUCCGGCUGCACCGCGCUCGCUCCGAGCUCCUAGGCUAGUGCCGCCGCCGUCUCCCUCCAGCCGCCAUCAUGAUCAUCUACCGGGACCUCAUCAGCCACGAUGAGCUGUUCUCUGACAUCUACAAGAUCCGGGAGAUCGCGGACGGCCUGUGCCUGGAGGUGGAGGGCAAGAUGGUCAGUAGGACAGAGGGUAACAUCGAUGACUCGCUCAUCGGUGGAAAUGCCUCCGCUGAAGGCCCGGAGGGCGAAGGUACUGAAAGCACAGUAGUCACCGGUGUUGACAUUGUCAUGAACCAUCACCUUCAGGAAACCAGCUUCACAAAAGAGGCCUACAAGAAGUACAUCAAAGAUUACAUGAAGUCACUCAAAGGCAAACUUGAAGAACAGAAACCGGAAAGAGUAAAGCCUUUCAUGACAGGGGCUGCAGAGCAAAUCAAGCACAUUCUUGCUAAUUUCAAUAACUACCAGUUUUUUAUUGGUGAAAAUAUGAAUCCAGAUGGCAUGGUUGCUCUCCUGGACUACCGUGAGGAUGGUGUAACUCCUUUCAUGAUUUUCUUUAAGGAUGGUUUAGAAAUGGAAAAAUGUUAACACAUCCACAGUCAUUUGGAUCUAUCGCCUGUCAUCGCAGCCGGCUGCUGCUUGCCAUCCAUACAACACCAGGACUAGAAGAACGGGACUGAUGUCAUCUUGACCUUUUAUUUUGACUGACUUAUUUGGAGUGGAGGCAUUGUUUUUUUUUUUAAGGGAAAAAAAAACAUGUCAUGUAGGUUGUCUAAAAAUAAAGUGCAUUUAAACUCAA